UUUUUUGUGUGUUUUCUUUUUCCUCGAUUGGCGAGUUAGGGUUGAAUUUUGAGAGUUUGUCUGAUUUCAGUGAAUUCCUACAAUAUAAGAAAGUAGCUUCUUCCUAAAUUAUGCAUAAAUUUGAAGGGUACACCAGUUCCAAUCACCAUCUGUCAACAAUGAGAAAGUCUCAAGGAAAGUUGAUCCAGACUAUACUUUUAGGAUACUACUUUAGGAAACAAGACCUCCAUUACUGCUAAAGCAACAUCAAACGAUUUUGUUAAUGAUUCCAUGGUGAUUUCAAGCUCAGUCCCUCUUGUUACACAUCCCAGUGAAGAGCAUACAGAGUUAGAGAAGACUUCAAGUGUGAAUCUAAUGAAUGGUACAAGUGAAGUUGCAAGAAGUACCAUUGGGCUAAAUACUGAAAAUGAAGAUGAGUCAAUCAUACUAGAGCAAGCUGCUAGCAAAGCACAGGCAGCUGUCAGGGGCUAUUUGGCUCGUAGGACAUUUUUGUCCCUCACAGGCAUCAUACUUCUACAAGCUCAAAUUCGCAGUCAUUUGGCUAGGAAACAAUUUCAACCCCAAGUCUGCGCACCAAAUCUCGAGGGCAAUUUAGUCAUUUCCACCAAAACUAAAGAAUCUAAACAAAGUCUACGAAAAAUUUCUAUAUCAAUGGCUGUAGCAUCUGAACAGGGUCCACCUCAGCCCCAACCCGCCUCCAAACCUAACUCCGAGCCUGAGCCUGAACUGCCUAUGAAUGUUGAGUCAAAUUGGAAAGAAAAUUUAAAAACAAGUGGUGCUACAAAACAAUCAAAAACAUCCGACUUAAACUAUACAACUUUUUUGGAUACUUGUGUUGGAUUUGACCUCAACGAUGAUGAAAUUAAAGAAAAUCCCAAAAAGAAAGCUUCUUCAGUUGGUUUAACGGGAUACAACACCUAUUUAGAAAAAAUGGCGGAGGAGGUUCAUGUUUUUAAUUCGAAUUUUAAUGUGUAUAUGGAGUACAAAAAAGACAAAUUACGUAAAAAGGAAAAAACACUUGAAGAAAAGCAACGGACAGAAGAUUUAAAAAAGUAUAGGAUGUCUUAGUCCUUACGUAUGGAGGUUUGGGGUAGUCUGCGUGUUAAUUAAGAGUAAAUUACACAAAUGGUCUUGUGGUAUGGAGGUUUGGGGUAGUCUGCGUGUUAAUUAAGAGUAAAUUACACAAAUGGUCUUGUGGUUUGGGGGACUCUAGAUGUUUGGUCUUCAACUUUUUUUUUAAAACUUCGACCAUUCGUUUGGUUUUGUUUUGCAUUUAGUCCAUGCCAUCAUAAAAUGAGUACAUGAUUUUUGAUUA